AUGGUCUUUGCACUGAUCCUUUUUCUUAUAGUGUUUCUCUAUGAAACUUAUGGACCAGAAACAGACUAUUCCGACCUCGAUGUCGAGCUGGACCAUGACAUGCUGAUCGCAAGUCGCGAAGAUUGCAUCUGUGAUGACGAACCCAUAGAUGGUUUUGGAAAAACCUAUUUCCCUCGAUCCAAAUUUUUUGGCUCUUCUGGUGGCAUCAUAACAGGAUGGCCUGCUAGAGGCGGUUAUUACCACCUCAAAUGUUCACUCGCAGAACUCGACUACCUCGGCCUCGAUCGGUUCAUUCCCACGAAUAGGACAGGGGAUGCCAAAGAAGAAGAGGUUUGGUGCGCUAGACUACGUCAAUUGGGUGCCAAAUGGUAUCCUAAUAUAUAUCAUGAUCUUGCAGAGGGAGGAGAUGGUAUAGAGAUACCGCGUUUAUAUCUUGGCUGGCCUGCUGAUGAAGGUGGUGUCUGGGCUCUACAGUCAACAAAGUUCAAUGCAAAUCUCCGCGGACUGGGCAGGAUCAAUAACGCUUUUACGAUGGAGGAACGCUGGAAGAAGAUCAAAGAGUACGGUGGCACGUUUUAUGCUGACCCGAAAGACUGCCCCUAUCUUGAUCUUGAUGGCUCCAAGGAACCUGACAGUAAGGAAAUUAAUCGGAAUCCCCUGUAUGGUUAG